GAUUAUUUAUGAUCUUUUCCUACUGUCAAUGUGGGAGACCUUCUCUCUAACUCUUUACCACAGCAAAUGACGGCAGAAGAAUCUCUGAGACUGUCAAAGUGGCAAUCAGCUAGGCAAUCAUGGAACCAACGCCGCCUUCACUUGGGGUUACAAAACAAGACGAUUUCAGAUCUGCUUCCGACCGAUCUCGUCAUGGAGAUAUUCAAACGGUUACCGGUCAAAACCCUAGCGAGGCUUAUUUGUGUCUCGAAGCUCUCUGCAUCCAUCAUCCGCAGCCGAGAUUUCAUGAAAGUGUUCCUUACCGAGUCUUCCAACCGACCUGGUCGUCUCUUCUUCAUCUUCAAGCGUUACAAAGAUAGCUUCCUUUUCACGGCAUCCCUUCAAACCCUAAAUCCAGGUGAAGCCUCCGUAGCUAUGACUCAUCCUGCAUUUGAUGCCGAGGCAAAAAAUUGUUCCUCUCUUCAUGGUUUGAUUUGUUAUGCAACUGCUUGUGCCUCUGGGCUUAAAGUGUACAACUCCAGCACCAAGAGAUCGACCACACUGCCUAAACUCGAGCUUGAAACUUCCGUCGAAAGCCACUUCUUAGGUUAUGAUGGUAUUGGUGGUGUGUACAAAGUGUUGUGUAUGACCGACCAAAGCCUGUUUUUCAGGUUUUGACCUUAGGAGACGGGAGUUCAUGGAAGACCAUU